ACGGUUGAGCUGGAAGCUUCUUCAACAGCAACAACAACCUUUUUAUCUGAACACAAACUAUUGAUCACAUCUGAUAUUCACUCACAGCAUGGCAUCCUCCAGUGGUGCACUAAAUGAGGAGCUCCAGUGCUCCAUCUGUCUGGAUGUGUUCACUGAUCCAGUCACCACUCCAUGUGGACACAACUUCUGCAGAACCUGCCUGAACAAGUGCUGGACAAACACACAGACCUGCUUCUGUCCAUUCUGUAAAGAAACAUUCAGCAGAAGACCUGAUCUCAAGAUUAAUACAACACUCAAAGAGGUUGUGCAGCACUUCAAGGAGAAGUUCAAUCUGGUAUCUGAGGUGUUGUGUGACAUCUGUAAUGAAAGAAAGCAGAAAGCUGUGAAGUCCUGCCUGACGUGUCCAAGCUCUUACUGUGAGACUCACCUGGAGCCUCAUCACAGAGUCCCACGUCUAAAGAAACACAAACUGAUCAACGCUGUGGAAAAUCUGGAAGAUUAUAUAUGCCAGAAACAUGAGAGACCUCUGGAUCUGUUCUGCAGAGAUGAUCAGACGAGUGUGUGUCUGUCCUGCACUGAAGGAGAACACAGGACUCACAACACUGUUCCUAUAGAGGAGGAGAGUCAGCAGAAGAAGAAUCAGCUGCUUCAGACACAGACAGACGUGCAGCAGAUGAUCCAGAACAGAAUGAAGAAGAUUCAAGAGAUCCAGCACUCAGUAGAGGAGAGAAAGAGAAACACAGAGAAAGAGAAAUCAGGCAGAAAUCAGCUCUUCACUGAUCUGAUCCGCUCCAUUGAGAGAUGUCAGUCUGAGCUGCUGAAGAUGAUGGAGGAACAGCAGAAAGCAGCAGAGAAACAGGCUGAAGAUCUCAUUAAAGAGCUGCAGCAGGAAAUCACUGAUCUGAAGAAGAGAAACACUGAGCUGGAGCAGAUCUCACACACUGAUGAUCAUCUGCACCUCCUACAGAUGUUCUCAUCUCUGUGCAGUCGUCCAGAGACCAAGAACUGGACUGAGAUCAGUAUUGACUCUGAUGUGAAUGUGUACUCAAUGAAUAGAGCUCUGAUUCAGCUGGAGAAAACUCUAGAUGGGAGACUAAAAAACAUUGGUCAAACUGGGUUGAAGUGUGUGCAGAAGUUUGCAGUGGAUGUGGCUCUGGAUCCUGAUACAGCGAAUUCAUAUCUCAUCCUGUCUGGUGAUGGAAAACAAGUCAGUUAUGGAGAUAUUGAGCAGGACGUCCCAGAAAACACAAAGAGAUUUGAUAAAACUCUUUCUGUUCUGGCAAAGCAGGGAUUCAGUUCAGGCAGAUUUUACUAUGAGGUGCAGGUGAAGGGGAAGACUGGGUGGGAUUUAGGAGUGGCCAGAGAAUCCAUUAACAGGAAGGGAACGUACACAUAUACUCCAGUGAAUGGAUACUGGGCUGUGAUUCUGAGGAAUGAGAAUCAGUAUACAGCUGGUGAUAAUCCACUUGUCUCUUUAUCUCUGGGAGAGAAACCUGAGAUUGUGGGAGUGUUUGUGGAUUAUGAGGAGGGUCUGGUCUCUUUUUAUGACGUGGGCUCCAGAUCUCAUAUCUACUCUUUCACUGGUCAGACUUUCACUGAGAAACUCUAUCCAUAUUUUAGCCCAUGCCUUAAUGACGAAGGUAAAAACUCAAACCCACUGAUCAUCACACCUGUUAACAAAUAAAUUGCUCUGAAAUAUGAAACCUGAAAUGUGGAAAGAUUAUGUAAAAGCUUUUUAUUAUUAUUAUUAUUAUGUUUAAAAUUAAAUGUUUGUAAAUAUGUUCCACAAAAAAAUGUAAGUUGUCACAGCUACAGACUGGACCAUGAAAACCCGAAAUGGGAUUUUGAUUUCCACAAAUGGAAGCUCAUUUCUAUAACACUGACUUUUUUA